AUGUCUGGCGAUCGACUCUUCCGCCUACAAUUCCCAAGACCAGAAUGGCUGAACAGCGCAACCACUCGCAGCGCAGGCAUCUACCUAUCCGGGGCACUAUUCAGCAUAGCCCUCUUCAUCCUCAUCGAUUCAGCCGUAUACAGUAAUUCACGGCUGAAUGGCGCCGACCUACAUAUGAACUUCGUCGAUUGGAUCCCAGGCAUCUGCUCCUUCGUAGGGAUGAUCAUAAUCAACAGCAUCGACAAGAGCCGGCUGACGGGCGACUCGUUCGCGUAUUCUGGGGACGGUGUUGCUUGGAAGGCGAGGGUCAUUUUGUUCCUGGGCUUUGCUGCUAUGGCUGGAGGACUGGCGGGUGGAACGUGUGUAAUGGUGCUGAAGUAUGUCAUCAAGGGCGCUUCGGGGAUGACCCUCUGGUUUGGAACAUCAAAUUUGGUUGCGAAUGCGCUGGUAAUGUUGAGCUCGGUGGUGCUCUGGAUAAGCCAGAACAUGGAGGACGAUUAUGCAUACAACCUGGCCCUCUGA